AUGCAGGAGACGAACGCGCAGCUCUCCGUGGAGCUUUAUAACGCGGAGAACGCGCUCCAGGCGAUGCGGGCGGAUGCCGAACGCCCCCUACCGCCGCCGCCUUCGGAGGAGACCCACGCCGCCGCUGGGGAUCUCAAGCGGCUUCGUAAGCAGCUCCAUCGCCAGGAGGCAGAGCUCGCCGCGCUCCUCGCGGAGCUGCUCCCGACGAAGGCGAAGCUCCUCGAGUACGUCGCGAUGGGGGAUCGACUCGGGCUGCCGUACCCUUUCCCCCCGGAGUUGGAAGGGGCCGCGGUGGUGCGUUUGAAGGCGAUGAAGGCGCCGCGCGCGCGAAAGGGGGGGUCGACGAGGGCUCAGAAACGACCCUCCGAGUUGACGGGCGGGUCGCCGGAGGCGCGUCCGCCACGGCGUGGAAAAGGAGCCUAUAUUCCCCCCCCUGUAGAUGGCGAUCACGGCGACUACGUAUCACUCCGAUGA